AUGAAUAACUCAAUUUUUGUCUGGAAUUGUCAAGGUGCAGCCUCCAACAGUUUUCAUAGAGUUCUAAAAUCCCUUCUCCGGGGUUAUACACCUGACAUUGUUGUUUUGGUUGAACCACGAAUCUCUGGGGUUAAGGCAGAUAGAGUGAUCAAGAAGAUUGGCUAUCCAUACUCGCAUCAUGUUGAAGCAGAUGGGUACUCCGGUGGUAUCUGGUUAAUGUGGAACAGUCGAGUACAGGUUCGUGUUCUUGCAAACCACAAGCAAUUUAUUCACACAACCAUUCAAAACUCGUCUGGGGAUUCAAAGGCCCUUUUCACUGCUGUAUAUGGAAGUCCAUGUCCAUCCCUACGAAGUGAACUGUGGGAGGAGCUUUCUUCAUUAAGGGUUAGUGAUAAUGAACCGUGGUUGAUAGCCGGGGAUUUCAAUGCCACGCUUUCCAUUGCAGAUGGAAAGGGGGGGACACGUAGAACCCAAUCUGGGUGCAAACACUUCCAGAAAUUUGUCCACAAUAAUGGAUUGUUGGAUUUGGGCUUCAAAGGGCCCAAAUACACAUGGCAGCGUGGAAAUUUGUUGGUGAGACUUGAUAGAGCCCUGGUCAACAAUUGUUGGAUCUCAUCCCAGCCAUUAUCUCGCAUAUGGGCCCAGAAUGGCAAUCUAGUUGACAAAAUACAAGCCUUUGAAACAGAAGUUCAAGUCUGGAAUAGAGAGACGUUUGGGCGAAUUGGUAGGUGUAAAGGCAAGCUCCAACGCCGACUGUUGGGCAUCCAACGUGCUCUAGAGAGAAACCCCUUUUCCUCUUAUUAUCUUGAGCUUGAAAGAGAGCUGCGAACUGAAUAUGAAAAUAUAUGUCUGAGAGAGGAAAUCAUCUGGCUUCAAAAAUCGCGAUCCCAGUGGAUACAAAAUGGUGAUCGCAACACAAAGGUGACGGUGAGAAGGCACAGAAACCGUAUACUUAUGCUACAAGCGCCUGAAGGCCAUUGGGAGGCAGAUCAAAGUAAGCUCUGUGAAAUGGCAACAAACUUCUUCCAAUCCUUGUACAUAGAAGAGCCACGCCCAUCCCCAUCCUAUCAGUAUAAAGAGGUCAGAAAGGUUUUUCUUGGAGGAGACAUUGAUCCUGCCUUCAACCGAACCCUCAUUGCACUGAUUCCAAAAACUGAAAGUCCGCAAACUUUAAAGGAAUUUCGGCCCAUAAGCUUAUGUACAACAGUAUACAAGGUCAUCACCAAAGUCAUAGCUAAUAGGCUUAAGCUUGUUAUGCCAUUGCUCUGCCUCCCUUACCAGUCAAGCUUCAUCCCUAGAUGA